AUGUCUGGGUUUCAUCCAGUCAUCAGUUUGCACACUUCAUCCAAGUUGGACAACAAAAUCAAGUCCGAAGUCGUGGUUGACAUGCUUAAUCUCGCUGGUUUUCGCUUGCCACCGAGAUUGGCGAAGGAGGAGACCAAACGCGGACCGAGCUCACCGAAGAAGUUGCACGAAAAGGCGGCUGAGGGGCAUGUCAGUGACGACUUGGCUGAUCGUUCCAGUUUGCUGGAACAUGACUACAAUCGGUUGCCCAUCCACAACCCCGAACAGCUGCGCUAUAAUCUUACGAAUGCGGAGAAGAAGAAACACCGAGCAUACGCUGCACGCUCGCAGUCUCCUCCGGAUAUGAAGACCAUAUUGGAUGCUCCUACAACAGACGAUACGCUGAUGUUAGUGACCACCAUAAACGAGUGGUACCGGGCUUCCCUCGGUCGAUUUGAACGAAUCUAUCCCCAGCAUGGUUCACAGAGUGCAAGCAUGAUGAGUAUGAUCGACUCGGCCGGUGGCGACGGUCCUAGCAUGUACUCGGGCCAACUCGGGACGCCGCGCUAUUAUGAUGCUCUUUUGUACCAGUUCGUCCAACGCUUCGGCACUCCCCUUGUUGAAGGAGCCCCCACUGUUUUCGAGUCUGAGGAAGGCGUCAAAGAAGCAUCAGCUAGAAGUCCCAGUAAGCAAGGCGGCCACAAUUUUCGAGUGCUCUCGAAGGCAUUGGGGAUUUCAAUCAAAGGACUCCUUUUUGUCACCAAACUUGCUGAACAACAUAUGCCGAGCAUAUCCUCGGCACUGGACACCUGUAGAACCUUGGAGAUUGGUAAGAACAGAGGCUCGAAGGCUUCUCCUCUGCCACCGUCCCCUCCCAUCAAUGUCCCCAAAAGGGUAAUGGAGCCCCAUCAAACGUCUGCGCGAUCUGUUGGACGACUGCCACGAGUCUCUGAGCUCCAGCCAUCGACCCUGCCUAACAUCCGACCCUCGUCCUUAAAAGGCCGUUGCAUUAGUAUCACUUGUCAGUCCGCCAGACAGUCGUGUCAGUGGUCAUCGCAAGUGGCCACCACCUCGACGAGAUCUCAAGCGGCCACGCGUUUGCUCGUCAAACCCAAGUCGCGGUUUUCGACAGAGUUUUAA